GCCGCCAAGGCCGCCAGGACGGCCAGGAUGUUCUGGAUGGCGCGCAAGAUCCCCGGGCCGCCGGCCGGCGUGCUCCGGAUGGUCGGCCCCACGGAGGACGUGUUCGCGAAGGCCCUGGCCGUGCAGAGGGAGUACGGCAACACGGUGCGCUUCUGGGCCUGGCCCGUCGUCAACGUCACCAUCUCCGAGCCCGAGGACCUGGAAGUGUUCUACACCAGCCCGGCGUUGCAGCACAAGCCCGCCUGGAUCUGCGACAUGAUGAAGCCCAUCCUGGGCGAGGGCCUGGUGACCCUGGACGCGGACGACCACCGCCGCCACCGCCGCGCCAUCAGCCCCUCGCUGCACCUCGAGAUCCUGCAGGGCUUCCUGCCGCUGUUCGAGCAGAGCGCGCGGACGCUGUGCGCCAAGAUGGCGGUGCACGCGGACACGGGCAUGUCCUUCGACGCGCAGCCCAUGCUGGGCGCCUACGCGGCCGAGGCCAUCUGCCAGACCGUCUUCUCGGACGAGUGGGAGCCCGAGCUGCACGCGAUCCGCGACAAGUUCGUCGAGUGCCAGCUGCAGGCGUCCAGGGUCAUGUUCUACCGCGUGAUGCGGCCCUGGCUGGCCUGGGACGCCACCUUCUACUUCUCCAGCCGGCACGACGAGUACUACGAGGCCGCCAGCGUCUUCGAGACCUUCGUCAGCACCGUGCUCUCCCACAAGAUGAAGCAGCUGGAGCGCGGCGUGCUGGGGACGCCGGGCAAGCGCAGGGCCUUCCUGGACAACGUGCUCACCUGCCCCGAGGGCAAGCAGCUCACGCGCGAGGAGCUCACCGAGGAGCUCAAGACCAUGAGCGGCGCGGCCGUGGGCACCUCCAUGGACUUCCUGUGCACCUUCCUGCUCGUCAUGUCCAUCAAGCAGGACGUGCAGGACAGGAUCGCGAGGGAGCUGGACGACGUGUUCGGCGGCUCGGACCGGCCCAUCGAGACGGCGGACCUGCCGCACCUGCAGUACCUGGAGUGCGCCAUCAAGGAGAGCAUGCGGCUGUUCCCGCCCACGUUCGGCAUCUCGCGGCAGGCCACGCAGGACGUGAAGCUGCCGUCGGGCCACGUGCUGCCGGCGGGCUGCAUCGUGGGCACCGUGCCCUACUUCACGCACCGCCUGCCGCGCCACUUCCCGGACCCCGAGGCCUUCCGGCCCGAGCGCUUCCUGCCCGAGAACAGCCGCGGCCGGCACCCCUACGCCUACGUGCCCUUCAGCGCCGGGGUCCGGAACUGCAUCGGGCAGCGGUACGCCUUGAUGUCGGCCAAGACCGCCACCUCCACCAUCCUGCGGCGCUUCCGCGUGCUGCCCGCGCUCAUGGGCCCGCAGCGCCUCGAGGACAUCAAGUUCGUCGUGGGCAUCUCCAUGGCCGUGCACGGCGGCGCGCCCAUCCGCCUCGAGCGGCGCCGGUAGAUGUGUAGAUGGAGGGACGAAGGCCGCUACACUGCGUGGUAUCCGCGCACUUCCGCGCGCAUCGCUAAACGCUCGGAGAAUCACUCCGAAGGCCGAGGGCGCCGAGACCAGAUUAUACUCAUUCUCAUGCUCA